GUAGGUUUGACCGGCUUGUGUGGAGGCUCAGACACAAUGAACUGUCGGUGGGUUAGGUACACGCAUGUUGGGUCAGCGGCAUUGGCACAAUUUUAGCACAUUUUAGUCCCUUUGUGACUUUCUUUGUAAAAAAUCGGUGACCGUGGGACUCCUGAAGCACUGUAUGGCGGUUACAAUGCUCACUUGGGAAGUGCUGCUUCGUCGAGUUUGAUGAAAACGAGGUCGGGACCAGACUACAGUUAGCCUCUCCUGUUUUAUUUAUUUUUUGCUAGCUCAGGCCGACUUCAACGAGGAAACAACAAUGUCGGUCACCGCGUCCUCUGAUUAUUUCGCCGCCGAGUGUUUGGUUUCAAUAUCGAGUGGCCCAGUUUUGCACAGACCCACCCCAGUGGCUCUCGCCAGCCAGCCGGCCACAGCGGGCCUGCACCCUGGGGAGCACGACGGGUCCAGUGAGGACCGAGAAGUGCGGGAGACCCUGAGGCUGGAAGGGGCCAACAUGAUGACGGUGGCCGGUAUUCUUACCGAUCUACACGGCAAGUUCCGGCCCAUGUCGGCCUACUCUGAGAGCAGCAACUCGUCGUGUGGUGGGGAAAGCGGUUACACCACGUUGUCCGACCCCACCACCCCUACAAUGACCCCCUCCGCUACCCCGGUGCCCGGGCAGCAGCCGCCGAGGGGGGGCGCAGCAGCAGGAGGCGGCGUGGGGGGCCCUCGAUCCCCUGUUAAGAGACACCAGUGCACUUUUGACGGAUGCGACAGAGUUUACGGGAAAUCAUCCCACUUGAAGGCACACAUCCGAACCCACACAGGUGAGCGGCCCUUCCCGUGCACCUGGCCCGACUGCGAGAAGAAGUUCGCCCGCUCCGACGAGCUGGCCCGCCACACCCGCACACACACAGGAGAGAAGCGCUUCCUGUGCCCGUUGUGCGAUAAGCGCUUUAUGCGCAGCGACCACCUGAUCAAGCAUGCCCGACGUCACCCUGAUUUCCACCCCUCCAUGUUGGGGCGCAACAAGGGCAUGUGCCCUUCCAACCCGGCUGUCCAACAUUAGAUGGUCCAGGUUACUGGUUACCGGGGUCGGCGGGAGCAUAGGUGGUCACAGGGGGUUAACCAGCUACUAUAUGACCCAUUGUUAAAAGUUAUGCAUUGCUAUGUAGUACUUAAAAGGUACCCCCACACACAAAUCGACAGCGCAGCAUGGGAGGGGCAAGUAGCAUUAGAUCUCCAUCCACGGAGGAGUCAUGUGACCGCUUUCCACCUGUAACAUGAAAGGGUUGGGUAUCAUUGGCUGGUACUGAAUUGGGAUCAGACCCAAAUUUCUAACCAAAUUUCUAAUAUUCGAUGUGCUUUUCGAUUCCACUUAAUCGAUUCCUGAAAUAAGUUGGGUCUAUUGCACUUUCUUUUCCAAAAUGACAUUUCCAAAUGAUUCAAAAAAAUAAGUGCAGUGUUAAAUUACAGCACAGCAUAACGAAUUUUCUAAGGAUGCUGGAAUGUUUAACGAGACAACACCAUUGGUUUGUUGCAUGUUGCAUCAUAUAUGAUUUUCUAUGUCCAGUUUGGGACAUAAUUGGUCUGCUGGAAAGAUCAUUUACGGAAAUCACCAGCAAAUAAUGUGUUACCCUAUCGAGUGUAUACUCACCUUCAUCUUUUAGUCCAAAUAAACCACACCGCUCAUCAUUUGUGUUACGAUUUACUGAUAAUAAAUGAUUUUUGUUUUUUCAAACUAUAUUUUUGGUUUCAUUCCUCACCCGGGAGCCGAUGAGAAUUGGAAUCGAAAAAGCAGAUAUGAAUUGGCCAAAUAAACCCAACCCUAAAGUGAUAAGAACCACCCUUUCUCAGUCUUUCACAAACUGCAGGGAAUUUUUGUUUCUCCCAACAGCCCAAUCUCCUCUGUUUUAUUGUGGUUCAUUUGUAAAUUGUUGCCGUGCUGUUCAGUAGCAUUUUCUAUGACUAGCACAAUAUUGUGAUGUUAGCUAGCACGGCAGCCCCUAGCAUCUUCAUUCUACUUUUUAGCUUUGCCGAUUCCAUGUUUUUUGCAAAUUUUAGUAGUGUUACAUUCCUCUUUUUUUGUUGUUGUUUUACUUUCCAUUUAUCGCAUCACCUUAGAGGUUAUUACCCUUUAUAUCAAAUUUAACCUUAGAACAAAACUUAUUUUGGCCAUAAAGUGGCUCAAGCUUCACUGUAGAAGAGCUGUUUGCACGCCAUCCCUAAGCCUACAUCAUUUAUCAGCCAGGAAACGCUGACACAUAAUACAGUGGUAUUAUGUCUAAUAACGAUGCAAAUGUAUAUAAGCUUUAAGCUUUUAAUGUAGAAGUAUAAUGCAACUAGCAGCAGAAGUAAUACAUGUGACGUAGUCCUUAUAUUAGGGGCGGGGGGGGAACAGUAUAGGCUUGAUAGGAAGGCUUUGCCUGCGUGUGUUGGUGUGUGCGUGGUUUUGUUUACUAUUUCUUUUUCAUCUUCUUUUUUGGUAGGGAAACGUUUCUGGAGUGGAGCUUAAUUUGCGAUCUGCUCCCUUCAAAGUAAAAGCUUCAAGUCCAUACGUGUUGUGGAGCACAUUUCAGGUUAAUUCUCCUUACACGGCAUCGGACGAACCAGACUCUUGACAUGUGGCGUUUAUGUGAUACUGCUGAGCUAAGAAUAAUUACGAAGACAAGAACACGCCACCUAUCUGUUGCUUUCCUAACAUUGCGGGUACCCUCUGGAACAAAUCUGAACAAGGUAGCACUUGACAUUUUACUCCAGACCAAUAGGGGGCAGCAAUGUCAUUUUAAUUUGUUUGCUAAAAUUUACAUGCAGUCAUUCCCCGCCACUUUGCGGUGCAAACAUCGCUCCCUCACUCGAUCACGAUUUUUGAAAAAUCAAUGAAUGAUCCUUCUGUUAGUCCCAAAAAUAUUGAAAGACUAGUCGCAUGUAGUACUCUACACUGGACACUAUGUGUCAGUAAUGUUACAUUACCUUAACUUGCGCUGCAUGGAUGCCUAGUGGGGAAAAAAGUUCUCCCAUUCCAAAGUUUUUUUGCUUCAUACUUUGUCCUUCUCCACUCAUUUUCAAACACUUUUAGGUUAGAGGAAAUAAAUUAGAGGCUAACUAGUUAGCUGGGUAGCUUGCUGCGUCUCUUGUAUCCCUGCAGAGAUCCUUUUGCCUGCAGGUGAGAGUUACGCAAUGUGGUGUAAACAAAGAUAGCAGCACUAUCCAUUAUUUUACAGAUGUACGUGUACGUAUGCCAGAUGCAUGUCAGACUGGCCGCCCUGUAGACGGAUGAUAGACUGACAUCAACCUUUUUUGCCAUGCGACGACCCGCAUUUUGUUCAAGACACUAUCCCAAUGCUAAUGUGUGAGUUAUUACGUCUUAUUGCUUAUUAUGUCUACUAUAUUAGGUAAUACAAGUGUAAACUGUGACUAUAGGGGUUUUAUUUCAUGUGUACGGGGCUCUAAUGAUGGUAAAAAUCGUAUUUAGAAAGUCAUAAACCGGUUUUCUAUGCUCUAACUGACAAUAUUCCAUUUAUUAAUAUUGAAUCCUACUUGACGGAAAUUCACUUAAGGUCAGGCCUGAAACCAGUUAGCCGCGAUAAACGAGGGACGACUGUAUGAGGAUUUAGGUUGUGGUUGAGAUACAGUCCUUAAUUUUACUUAAAAACAGUUGCAGUACUCUCAGCUAUAAUAUGCUCAAAUGUUAUCAGUAAAAAGAAACAGUCCCUGGUAGACCACAGUGGCUCACCGUUGCCUCUAGAGCUCAAAGUGCAUGACAACUUGCACAGUGCAGGCUGAUACGAAGUACCUUUCCACAUGUUUCCAUCCUUUAUUGGUGUGUCACUGAAUCUGCAUGCGCACUACUAUACAUUUAAAUCCAAAUGUUCACUUUUGUCGGGAGCAAAGACGAGCAGAUUUGUUUCGAUUUAUUUUAAACCGAUUUUACCGGACUUGAGUGAUCCGGUACCAAAAUGUUGCGUGUCACAGUGGUGUUUUUCAAGGACUAAUUGCUCACAUGCAUGUUGAAAUGAAGCAAACCUCAGUUUCCACACUGUUUGUCCAGCAUGGACCUAUUCCUACACAUCUUCAGGAGACUCUGAAAGCCUUAAACUAUGUUCAAACUACUUUGCACCGUGUUUACAGUUGGAUCAUUGUAUAGGUAUAUAUGUCCUCUCUCGGGGCUCUUUACACACACACAUUAUGCAAUAUGGCACUUUUGUCGUAGAGGUGUAUUUGGCUAAAUAGCAUCAGGGCUUGCACUGUUGCUAUAUGCGUCUUCAAGUGAGCACUGUGGAACUUUGCAAAAAUGUUAUUGGUUUGUCAAACUGCCUUUUGUCCAAGUGCUUUAGCAGGGGUGAUGACAGGACUGCAUAGCUGUCAGGUGUAUUUGUUUGUCGUCAUCUCUUGUUGUGGAACUUUUUUUUUUUUUUUUCCUCAGACCGACCCUGUUUUUUUCUGUUUCUACACAGCAGUCUUCCUUGUUGUUGUUUUUUUUGUCAAUCAACCGCGAGUGCAUCUUCAUCUACCUUCUCCUCACUGGCAACUCCUCUCAUUGGAGUGAAUUUGUACAGCUUUUUCUCCUGAUCUGUUGAUGGUUUUUGGUUGCUGCUGGCAGUAACUUGGAACACAUGGACACAUGUUUUUACACAAACUACCUUGUUUUCCUUGCCGGUGGAUGUAUUUGUGACCAUUUCCUCUCACAAACACAAGUGUCCUCUCACACAAACUCCAGGUUUUAAAGCUAUGAUAUUGCAAUAACAACAUACCUCACUUUUUUUUCCCUGUCUCUCCGCAAAAUCCAUCCAACGUGUUUCUGUCAUUGACAUCACAAAACUCUGCUUGCUGUGCUGGUGAUGGUUUGUGGUACUCUUAUUAACUCUUAGUUCUCUCUCACACUUUUGCUCUGUCAAAGACCAGCAAAGCCUCCAAAAGAUUUAAGGAAAUGUAAAGCAUUAACGUUUGUAGGUUGUCACUUCACUGCAGAUCCUCAUUGAAAGAGCUCAGUCCAAAUCUAUUUGUUCAUAUCACUGAAUGUGCUUUGUUGGCCGCAUUAUAUCCACUUUGGAUUUCCUCUGUAUUGUGCCGCCUCACUGAGGAUCAAAAACAUCACAAAUUAAAUUUUUGUCACCACACUAAUUCAGAUAUGCACAUUGUACAGAUAAGGGUGUUUUUUAAAUUGAUGCCUAAUUUGUACGUUCAUGUAAUUGUUGAAAAAAAACUCCUAUAAAAGCUUUAGUUUUAGGGAAAAUAGGAGGAACUGUGGAUUGAAAUAAUUGCUGCAACAAGCUGUUUUGAUAUUUAUAUUCUCAGGUUUGUUCAAUUUUGAGCAUUGGGCUUUCAAUAUUUCCUGUGCAACACAAGCAUGUUUUAAUUUCUUUUAUGCUGAUUAAUUUAUUACAAACGUAUCAUUUGUGUGCUUUCAUUAUUCCUUUCAUAACUCUGUUUGUGAUAUGGAACAAUGCUAAUAUUUAAAAAAAAAAAAGGUUCCAUUCUUAGAUUGACAUUAAAAUGUUUUUUUUUUUUUCAAAUAAAAA